AUGGCCGAAGAUUCAUUCCUGCACCUUGCCCGCCCUUUGGGUCCCGUCUCUGUGGGGACCGCUCCCACUACUGCCCCUCUUAACGUGGUGAUCCAGCCGCAGGCCAUCUUCUCUAUUCUGGACCACUCCCUUCGCCGCAAUGCCGAUCAAGAACGUGUCAUCGGUACUUUGUUGGGAACACGAUCUGAAGAUGGAGGUGAAGUCGAAGUGCGCUCUGCGUUCGCCGUUGGCCACUCGGAGGCCGAGGAUCAGGUCGAGGUCGACAUGGAAUAUCACAAGCAGAUGCUCGCUCUCCACCUGAAGGCUAACCCGCGCGAGGUCCUCGUCGGUUGGUACGCGACUUCCUCCGAGCUCAACACCUUCUCCGCCUUGAUCCAAAACUUCUACAGUGGCCAGGGUGACGGUACCUGGCCUCACCCCGCUGUGCACUUGACUGUCUCGACCGAGGCCGGCAAGGACCUUGAGACUCGCGCCUACAUCUCUGCCCCCGUCGGUGUUACCGCUGAGCGGGCUGCCGACAGCGCUGCUUUCAUUCCCGUCCCCUAUGAGCUUCGAUAUGGCGAGGCUGACAAGAGCGGUCUCGAGGCUAUUGCCAAUGCUAAGGAUUCGGAGGAUCGUUCCACAACCGUCAUGUCCGACGUGGAGGCCCUUGAGCGUGCUAUCGAGGAGGUUCUGGGCAUGAUUGACCGUGUCUCCCGAUAUGUUGAGUCUGUGAUCGAUGAGGAGGCCCCGGCCUCUACUGCGAUGGGUCAAUUCCUGCUUAAUGCUCUUGCUCUUGCUCCCAAGGUUGAGCCUGCGGAUAUUGAGCGUGACUUCAACAACCACAUCCAGGAUGUCCUGGUCGUCUCCUACUUGGCCAACACGAUCCGCACACAGAUGGAAUUGUCCAACCGACUAGCAACUGCUCAGCUCACCCUUGGUGGUGGUGAGGCCAGCGGUGCCUCCGGUGAAGGCAACCAGCGCAACCAGCGCGGUGGCAAGGGUGGUCGCCAGCAGCGCCAGGAGCGCGCUGCCCCUGAGGAGGCUCGCGCUUAG